AUGGAUACAAAGACAGGGAUUUGUUUGCUGCAGGAUGGUAACCAGGAGCCUUUCAAAGUGCGACUGCACUUAGCCAAAGAUAUUUUGAUGAUCCAGGAGCAGGAUGUGAUCUGUGUGUCUGGUGAGCCUUUCUAUUCUGGUGAAAGAACAGUAACAAUUAGAAGACAGACUGUAGGAGGAUUUGGAUUAAGUAUAAAGGGUGGAGCAGAACAUAAUAUUCCAGUGGUCAUUUCUAAGAUUUCCAAAGAACAAAGAGCGGAACUUUCAGGUUUGCUCUUUAUAGGAGAUGCAAUUCUACAGAUUAAUGGAAUUAAUGUGAGAAAAUGCAGGCAUGAAGAAGUGUUUGUUCGGUGGAGGAGGAAGAGGAAAGGAGAAUGGACUCUAUAUUUUUCAAUAGUAUCCAGUGUUGGACUGUUCCAGCCAGAUACAUGGAGGUUUCCAGAUGGCCCACCCCAUACUUCUCAACCACUAGUAUGGUACAGUAUGGUUCAGGUCCUUCGCAACGCAGGGGAAGAAGUGACCCUAACUGUGUCCUUUCUGAAGAGAGCACCUGCUUUUCUCAAACUGCCACUGAAUGAAGAUUGUGCAUGUGCCCCCAGUGACCAAAGCAGUGGCACAUCCUCUCCCCUAUGUGACAGUGGUUUGCAUCUCAACUACCAUCCCAACAACACGGAUACAUUAUCAUGUUCCUCAUGGCCAGCAUCCCCAGGACUUAGGUGGGAAAAAAGGUGGUGUGAUCUCCGAUUAAUUCCACUUCUUCAUUCACGGUUUUCCCAGUACCUUCCAGGAUCAGAUUUGUGCAGGCAAAAUGCGUUCCAAGUAAUUGCUGUGGAUGGGGUUUGCAGUGGAAUAAUUCAGUGUCUCUCUGCUGAAGACUCUAUUGACUGGCUACAAGCAAUAGCAAGUAACAUUUCCAACCUCACAAAGCACAAUAUAAGAAAAAUCAACAGGAAUUUUCCCGUAAACCAGCAGAUAGUCUACAUGGGCUGGAUGGAAGAACGGGAACAAGACUCCCUUCAGGAUCGAAUGUACACACCAAAGUUUCUAGCACUGAGGGGAUCUUCCCUGUAUAAAUUUAUAGCACCUCCAGUCACAACGUGGGAUUGGACACGAGCUGAGAAAACAUUUUCAGUUUAUGAGAUAAUGUGCAAAAUUCUCAAGGACAGUGAUCUACUGGACCGGCGGAAACAUUGCUUCAGUGUCCAGUCUGAAUCUGGAGAAGAUCUUUACUUUUCUGUGGAACUAGAGGCUGACCUAACACUAUGGGAAAAAGCCUUCCAAACAGCAACUUUUUUAGAAGUUGAACGGAUACAGUGCAAGACGUAUGCCUGUGUUUUGGAGAGUCAUCUUAUGGGACUUACCAUUGACUUUAGCAUGGGCUUUGUCUGUUUUGAUGCUGCCACAAAGGCUGUACUUUGGAGGUACAAGUUUUCCCAGCUCAAAGGUUCUUCAGAUGAUGGGAAGAGCAAAAUCAAAUUUUUGUUCCAAAACCAAGAUACUAAACAAAUUGAAGCAAAGGAGCUGGAGUUUUCCAACUUGUUUGCAGUCCUUCACUGUAUCCACUCAUUCUUUGCAGCCAAAGUGGCUUGUUUGGACCCUUUGUACGUAGGCAGUCAAGCCACAGCUUCUGCUGCUCCCACAACUUCUGGUACUGGCAAAUUAAAGUAUACUACUUGA